AUCAUGCAGGCAUCCGUCCUCCCCUUUUUUUCCUGGUGCUGUGGUACGGUCCCAGCUUUUCUCUAUGGCGCAGCUUCACCUGGAUGCUACUAGAACAUCCCUCUGUGGGUGAGGGAGGGGUAUCUGCACGAGUCUUAACUGCGUUGUUUUGGGAUUACAUCACUAUAUCGUCACAGACUAUCCAGUCUGAGCAAGCAAGAAGAGCACUGUUUUUCACAACGGUCAGUCCAUAGACUUUGCAACUACAAUAUCAAGAAAGGAGACACUAGAGCCCCACUGACUGGUUGGCUUACAGAACAAGACAGCCAACUGCAGGAGGACAGACAGCCAUCAUGACACAGGGCAAGCUGUCACUUGCAAACAAGGCCACCAAUGGCUCCUCCAGUGGGCAGGCAUUAGUGGCACCAGCUCCUCCCAGCUAUGAGGAAGCCACUGCGGGCACCAGUGCUCCUUGCUACAAUGAUGUUGAGAUGCUCACAGAGUUCACCUGGGAUGAUCGCAACAUUAGGAGGGUCUUCAUCCGUAAGGUGUACGCCAUCUUGAUGAUCCAGCUUUUGGUCACUCUUGCUAUUGUGGCUCUUUUCACAUUCUGUGACCCUGUGAAGGACUACAUUCAAUCCAACCCUGGGUGGUACUGGGCCUCUUAUGCUGUGUUCUUUGUCACUUAUCUGACUCUGUCUUGCUGCUCUGCACCAAGGAGACAGUUUCCAUGGAAUCUGAUUCUGCUUGCCAUCUUUACCCUCUCCCUCUCCUACAUGACAGGGAUGUUGUCCAGCUUCUAUAACACUAAGUCAGUGGUGAUGUGUCUGGGCAUCACAGUAGCAGUUUGCCUCCUGGUCACAAUCUUCAGCUUCCAAACUAAGUUUGAUGUGACAUCAUACCAGGGCGUGCUCUUUGUCUUCUGCAUGGUCAUGUUCAUCUCUGGACUGGUGCUGGCACUCGUCCUUCCCUUUCAAUAUGUUCCGUGGUUGGAUGCUAUCUAUGCUGCCUUGGGAGCCAUUCUGUUCACCAUGUUUUUGGCCUUUGACACCCAGCUCCUCAUGGGGAACAAGCGGUACACCAUGAGUCCAGAGGAGUAUGUCUUUGCCACUCUCAACAUCUACCUAGAUAUCAUCUACAUCUUCUCCUUCUUCCUCCAAAUCUUCGGAACAAAACAAGAGUAAAAACCCUACCUUCCUGACCUACAGACAAGGGAUGCACCAGUAUGAAAAAUAUAAACAGACAUGUUAAGAGUCUUUUAAAUUUUGGUGAUUGUGUUGACAGUGCUUCCAAUUGAAACAGCUUUAUUUUUUGCCUGAUACUGACAAGGUCACAGAUACUUUGUGAAUCUCUUGUACAGAUACAAGUGUACAUAGACGUACAGUAUGUCAGUAUUCACACCCAAGAUGUCUGUAACCUCUCCCUCCUCUCCAGCAUGUUUGGGAACCCUUACCACGUUGUGGGGUUAGCUUAUUAGCUUUACUAGCCAGAAACAUUCAGUGAUCCGUGAUCUUACUUCAUUUAACAUAGAGAAAACAUUCUGUGAGUGUCUGUAUGGGUGUCAUAUAUCCAUGCUUGCAUUUGUAUCAAAAAUCUCCUGCAAACAAUAGAUGUCAGUGCUCUUUAGGGGGUAUUUGAUCAACAGUACAUCAUGCAUGACUCCUAAAAAAAAGCCCUUACUAUGCCAAGUACAGUCAUCCCAUCAUUGGACUGUUGCUGUGGGUGUUGAUAUAGUUACUGAAAGCGCAAACGUAACUUUAAAAAAGAAUUAAAGACUCUCCCUGUGUUUUCAGUUAUAUCCAAUGUCAUCUCAGUACUGUGAAUUACAAGAACUGAGGGUAGGUGACAUGUUUUUCUGUCUUUUGAAUGACAAUCUGAAAAUGUUAUUUAUUGGAUUUGGGAUGUUGCUACUCAUCUCUGCCUUGAUUUGUUACACACUGUACACUGUAUGGUCAAUAUGUUGAUUUCUGCUCCAUAUAACUAUGAGGCUGUCAUUCAAUGCAUUCACAUUGUUGCAGUGUUUAUUAUCGGUGUGUCAUUUGUCUAAUAUGUGCAUUUGAACCUCAAAUCUUUUGAAUGAAGAUUGUUUAGACUAUUUUUUUCAUGAAAAAAUAUUUAGUUUAAUUGUUGGCAUUAUAGUUUUUGGUCUUUUAUCAUUAGUUUGAGGUGGUGACACAUGCUAAAUAAAUAUAAACAUGACCGUGCCAUACUUGCAUGGAUUUGCUGUAACUUUUGAUAAGGCCUGCAUUUGUGGAGGGGCUUGAAUGCUAUAUUUCAUGACAUUUGAAGUUUAUUUUUUUAUGACAGAAAGAUAUAUUUCAGAAAGUGUGUGCUAAAUGAUAAAUGGUGAACUUAAAGAUUGAAACAAAUCUAUAAGUCUUAUAAAGUGGCCUUGGAUUACCUUUAUUUGAUUAUAUUGAUGCAGUAAUACAAAGAGCAUUUCACUGUAGUAUUGAUGUUACUGUAUUCAAUUAUUAAAGGGUGAAUGUGUAUGACUGCG